AUGCCUAUAAAGCUCAAAUGGCCAUGGCUUGGGAUCGCGAUACCGUGCUUCUUGAUAGGCCACAUCGGAUACACAUCUCACUACUUUAUCUUAUCCAAUUUUGCUAGCCUUCAGCAGCAAUUGUCAUUCCAGUUCGCAUUGUCAAUGGUGUGGAUAGCGUACGUUUUGGCGAUAUACACCAGUCCAGGAAAUCCGCCCAGGGAACUUGCUCCCAAAAAACAGCAAUGGGCUCAUUUUUGCAAGAUAUGCAAUAACUACAAGCCAGAGAGAAGCCAUCAUUGUAAAACUUGUGGGAAAUGCAUUUUAAUGAUGGAUCAUCAUUGUCCAUGGACUAUGAAUUGCGUAGGGUAUCGCAAUUUCCCUCAUUUUAUGAGAUUUCUGGUUUGGGUAAUCAUCACCGCAUUCUUCUUGGAGUUUCUGUUCGUUAAACGCAUAUUCCAUCUCUGGCAGAUGAGAAACCAGCGCAUCUUUGUUCAUACAUCCGAAUUGUGGUUUCUUGUUGUAAACCUGGUAUUGAACGCCUUUAUAUGUUUGAGCAUAACAAUGCUGUUUGCUAGAUGCACGCAAAACCAACUGUUGGAUGGUAUGACUCAAAUCGAGAGCUGGGAAAUGGAACGCAUAGAAAACCUCUUUUAUCGAAAACGUUUGCUACCACAGAUGAUUGACAUUUUAGAAAAGACGUUCGGGCAAGACUCUUGUACCGAUGCCUCUGUCCAGAACUUAAUGUCGAAUAAACGUCUGCGAUUGGAAGAAGUGGUCAAUUUUCCUUAUGACCUCGGGCUCUUGGCGAACUUCAGGGCAUAUUUGGGUCCGCUCAAGACAUGGAUGCUUCCAUGGGGAGUUCCUGGGGGAUCAGGAUGUAGUUUCGAGGUUAAUGAAUUGACUGUUUAUGAAGCGGAUGCUGCUCUUGAAGAUAAAUUGAUGGCAUUGCCUUGGCCUCCAGAUGGCGGUCGCCAAGGUCGUACUGAUUCCAGCGACAAAAGCUUGGGCGUUCCAAUACACAAUAGCAGAGGCGAGACAGUCUUGAAGAAAAGGAUACCGGACGCUACACCAAGCUCAAGUAGAAAGAACUGGCAAAACGAAUGGGGAGAAUCACUGGCUGAUUUCGGAGUUGACGUGGAUGCAGAAUCCUGA